UUUAUUGUUUAAGUAGAAUUGUGCUCUAUAUUGCAAAGCUAAACUAUAUAUCAAAAUGGAUUAUGCCUAAAUGCUCUGCCAGAUAACCUUAAAUCAUUUACAAUGGAUCAACACAGCACGGAAGAGAAUGGAGAAGGCGGCAGCGGAAAUUUUAUUCGGCAAAGGAAACCAAAAACGGAUCCCCUUUGUUGUCCAAUUUGCGGUGUCACGCUGCGCCCCAAUGAGAUUGAUCAGCAUUUUGCACUGGAGGUGGAACGCCUUGAUAGAAUUCUUAAACCACGGAAAAAUGCUUCCAAUGCUAGUGCAAGUUACAAUGCUACGGUCACUGAUAGGGCUUCGCCAGUAGCCGGUCCGAGCGGUAGUGUCUAUGGGACCAAAACAAGUAAUGAUACGGGAGCUACCAAUGGGCAUGUUGCGAAUGAUUUAGCAGAAACAGCUGUAGCAGUAAGUCCGGAGGAAUGCUGGGGAACCUAUCAGAAGAUUAAGAAUAAUCGUCAAGCUAGAUUGAAGAUGAAGACCCGAAAGCGUAAAACAGAAGACAGUAAUUGUCCCGUAUGCAAUAAAACGGUUUCAGAGGACCUGUCGUCUCAUGUAGAAGUAUGUCUUAGGAAAUCAGAAGUAAACGGAAAUGGAGUUUCGUCAAGACCCAAUGAUUCUGACGACGACGAUAUAAGCAUUGACGUAGAAGGCGAGACCUUUGAGGUGUAUGAAUGGGCCGGACAUACACGAGUUCGCGCAACUAGUAUGCUGCAUCAAACAGGUGCUCUGGCGAGCACUGCUGUUCGAGUAACUAAUGCUGAGGACACAGACGAUGAACUUAACGUCGACGGGGAUGAAACACAGAUCUACGGGCCACCGCAAUACUCUGAGCGAGAUGUAAUUUAUCCUAUGGCUGAUCAUCGAUAUAAAGACUCCUAUCUACGAGGCUUAGUAAUGGCAAAUGAACCAGUAACCGUUAAAAGAUCCGAUACAGAUAAUCCUUGCGAAGGAACCAGCAGAAACUCAGCCGUUCGUUUCUCACAGCAGCAUGUUCCUGCGACAUCCUGCGAGAAUAAGGACGAAAACGGAGAUCAGAUAGUUGAAUCUCUUAAAUCAAAAAUUCGCGAAUACGAAGGGUUCAUACUAAAUCGACCGAAAUGUUUGAUUUGUAUGGACGACUUCCGGAAACCGGUCGUGUCUAUCUGUUGCUGGCAUGUGUACUGCGAGGAAUGCUGGUUGCACACUUUGGGAGCAAAAAAGCUCUGCCCUCAGUGUAGUAUGAUCACUUCGCCUACGGAUUUGAGGCGCAUCUACCUAUAAAGCGGCGCAGGCUAUGCAUGCAGAACGCAGGCUUCUAGACGGUUUUCUUUUAACUGUCUCGCAAGCAAUGAGUAUUAAAUUGCAUCCGACAGUCCUUUGUUUAAUUUGGGGAAUCCGAAAGUAGUUAAAACGGUUAAAUACCGAAGACAAUAAACAGCGACGAGAGUGAACAAAUCUUUUUUAUAAACGAAUCAACUGCUCUGAACUUAUAUAUAUUUUAUUAACAUUCCAUAGGGCAACGAUAAAUAAACUGCGAAGCAUUUUACCUAUUUCUACUAUA